AUGGAAAACAAUCAAUUUGAAGAUAUGAUUGAGUUUGCAAAGAAAAUUUGCCAGACUACUAUCAUCGGUAACAAUUUAUCAUUCCUUUACGAGAAUAUUACACCAGAAUUCCGCGAAAAACUUACAAUUGCAGAAAUCGGUCGUCGCUUAGCUACAAUGGAAGGUGAACAUGGCACAUUUACAAAAGUGGGAGAUGCCACAACUCCAAAUCCAAGUACAAAAGAUGAAGGAUUUUACAUAUUUGAUGUUUCAGUAUUUAUCAACAAAAACGAAUGGUUUGCAACAUUUUCAAUGAAUAUGGAUCAUAAAAUUAACGGAUUAGAGUUUAGUCGCCAUCCAUUUUACAUUGCUGCUUCUUAUUUCAAUCCUCACAAGGUUUUGAUUCAAGAUCUAUCAGAAACACCACUUAUUAGAUACGUUAAACCAGCUUUAAGAAAUUCUUCCACAUUACCAAUGGCAAUUCUCGUUCAUACAGCAGUUUCUUUAGAUGUCGACGGUCAUUUAGGCAUUAGAUAUCCAUUCCGUGAUUUUGAGUACAUUGCACAGAAGAAGGUUGGUUUUAUUAAGCCAGAUUAUCGCAAUUUUAGCAGUAAUGAUCCAAUUGUCGAUAUGGCCAAAUUGUGCAUCAAUUUGACAUCAGAAUUACCAGAAACAUCAUCGAUAUUCUUGAUUUUACACGGUUUCGCUUCUAUUUUCCUUCCACAAAUAUUAAGUUCUUCUCCACAUCCAAUUGCCGGCGCUGUUUUAGUUAAUCCUGCUUGGGAAGCUAUUCCUGGCUCAGGACUCCAGAAUAUGACUCCUGAAAAAGUUCCUCAAAACUUACCAAUGUUAAUUAUUGGCUGUGGAAGAGACCAAGUUAUGAUUCCUGACCAUUGGAAGAUGUGGAAAGAUACAGCUAAGAAUGGUGACUCAAAAUGGGUCGAACUCGCUGAUCAUUUCUUGAUGGACGCAGAUAUAAUUCCAACAGCAGAGAAUGACUUGUAUAUGAAGGUAGAAAAGCAUGUUAAUGAAGAUGCCCUUGACCUUAUUAAUAGAUGGAUUUUAGAACACUCUCCAUCUCAAGAAAAUUGA